AUGUCUGACAACGAGUUUGGCGCGAAUGACGAUUUGUCGCUUCCAAAAGCGACGGUCCAAAAAAUUGUUAGCGAGAUUCUGCCCCAAAGCGACGGCAUUACCUAUUCCAAAGAGGCCAGGGAUCUUCUGAUAGAAUGCUGCGUAGAGUUCAUCACUCUCAUCUCGUCUGAGGCAAAUGAGAUAUCGGAUAAGGAGGCCAAGAAGACAAUCGCAUGUGACCACAUUACCAAGGCGCUCGAAGUCCUGGGCUUCUCGGAGUAUGUGCCGGCAGUGCUCGAGGCAGCAGCAGAGCACAAGGAAGUCCAAAAGGGACGGGAGAAGAAGGCCAACAAAUUCGAGCAAAGUGGACUCAGUCUUGAGGAGCUGGAGCGGAUACAACAGGAGGAGUUCGCCAAGGCCGCAUCUAGGCAUCAUUAA